UGAGAUUAUCAGUGCAACUUAUGACAAAGGGCACAAAUUAAUGUGCGCUUGAGUGUUAUCAUUGUUGUUUUAUUUUACUUAAGGAAAAUACAUUUAAUAGAAAACAGUCCCCCUAUAGGGAUAGUGUGGAUGUAUGGGAUACUGGCACAUAGUGUAGAUUGUAACAAGGACCUUAUUGGGACGUGGACAAAAUGCUCUCACCGACUACAUGGCAAGGACACAAGGAAGCCAUUAACAAGAAUACAUUUUCUGCCUUAUUUCACUGUUAGGCAGCCUUUCUUGCCUGGAAACUGAAGUUUGUAAAUGACUCAUUCUCCUGCACCAAAGUCCAGAGAGAAAUUCAGCACUUUUAUAGCUUGUGUGGAGCUGCUGUUGUACUGCUGCUGUCAUGAUUUGUACAUUUUUGACACUUAAGUGAAUCAGAGCAAAACAUAUUUCAAACACCCAAGUCACACAGUAACACAUUUGACCUCACUGGUUGAGAAAGCAGUAGAUGAACAAGCCUGUAGGCCCAGCCUAUUCAAAUGGUGGCCCGUGGGCCACAUGUGGCCCAAAAGCAACCUCUUGUUGGCCCAGCCUGUGGUCCCACCACCAACACUGAGCUAACACUAGAAGAACAGAUUCCUACAUAAAUUCCUACAGUGGCACUGACCCUGAACAAAACAAUCUGCGUGGCCUGUGAUAGUUUUGAUAGCGUUGAUAUUUAUUUUGUGUCAUAUGUGACAUGUUUAUCUUAAAUAUCUUAAACAUCUCAAAUAGAGACAAUGUUGCUAAUAUUGUGCACCCUUUUGAUUUCAUGCACUUUGAGUUACACCUGGGCCAAAUAUGAUAAACACAUUUCUUUCCUUUUUUUUAAAUUUAAAAUAGUUACAGCUAAUAUUGUGUACCUUUGUAGGUAUUGGAAUGACUGGUAUGACCAAGGUAUGGUAAGUGAGCUUUUUUCUUAAGAGACAUACACUUCAGUUUCCAGACAGAAAAUGUUUUCUAACAACUGGAUAAAGCAGCAAACAUAGUCUUAAUAUGUGAUAGACUGAAGUUGGUGUAUACUUUAUUAAAGGAGCCUUUUGUUAAGUGACUAAGAUUUGGAUUUCCUUUCCCGCUGGCAACCAUAUUGUCAGUGAGAGUGAUCCUCUGUGUCUCAGGCUGGUACAUGAUACUCAUUAUAUAAUCUGACCUCUUCAUCUCCAAACCAGAGGCAAGCAAGUCUGAACAGUUGCAAGGGCAGAAUAAGGAACAUUCAACACAUCAGCAUUUAGCCUAAUGAUGGUAAAUUCAGUAUUCAGUAUCAUUUUUCUACUGUCUAGAUUUGUAGUAAGCCAUGUAUAACGUCAAAGAUGCAAAAGUGUUCAGCUACACAUUGAACAUGCCCUUUCAUGAAUGCAUGUUACCCUCACAUGUUGCCUGACGUGCUUUUUCUCCUGCAGGUUCCCUCAUUCAAAAAGUGGGUUAAUGAUAUUUUUAGUAACAUUCAAUUUCAGCAGAGAUUUGACACUGCUGUCACGUUAUUUUUGCUUCACACGGUGUGAUCGGGGAAGAACUUCUACACUGCUGUUAGAUGGCGAUGUAAAGAAACAGGGGCUGAUGCCUUGGCUUUUAUUCUCUGGAGGUUUUAAACAGUUUAAUCUGUGGUUACCUCAGGAACUGAGAGUCUCUCUUCUUCCUCACAUUCCCAAGCACAUUGGUGAGGUUACAGCCUCACUACUGACUUUAAACACUUCACCUCCCUGAUUACUGGGGAAACAGACAACAUUAAAAGUAGAAUACUGUAUUAAAACUGAUUAUAGUCACCCAUAAAUAAAAAAAAAAAACUAACAGCAAAACCUUUAAAGCUCAAACUAACAACCCACCUUAAACUAAUUUAUGUCAAGACGAUUGAAAAUGUAAAGAGAAAAGUGGGAUAAUAUUUUGUUUGAGAUGUACAAUAUGUUGUAUUGUGCUCACAUACUUUUGUUUAUUCAGUAAAGUAGAGUUUUUUUUUGGAAUAAUCCUGUUCAACCAGUGGGAGUAACUUAAAACAUUAAAGGGGAAUAAAGACAAUGAAGUCACUGUAAAUUAUGAAACCACGAUGUGACUAUAUUCAUUUGAAUAAUUCAUCACAGACUCUUUUCUUUGUGCAGUUGUUUGGGGAGACGCUCUGUUUGCCUCCGCCACGUGCCGAGAGGAUUUGCACACGAGCACAGACACGGAUCUUCGGAGCACAUCUGCUCAGUCGCAAGUUAAUUCAGUGUAAACAGAGGAGAUUUGAGAAUGGCAAGGCCGGAUUUCUCAAUGGUUUGGCUGAGGAAAGGAGGACGUGUUUGAUUGAGAGGGAGGGAAUGUUGCAUGUUGAGUGAAUGAUGCCGGCUAUAAAGCUUAACUCUCCAUCUCACAGCUCGAGUCAGGAUUAGGGCUGUGGGUUCUUCAUUCAGGUUUGAAGUGGUAAACACAUUUGAAUGCUUUUCGUAAAUAAUGAUACACCUAAUUCAUUUUGUAUUCCAAAUCUGGAGUGCUACAUUUUAAAUGUAAGUGAUGCCCCUGCAUGUUUCCCCUCCAGCGCAUAUUUAGAUACGUUACGAUCUAUGGGAAAUGUAGUUGGGGUAAAAUUUCACCUGGCUGCCUGUGCGUCACUCUGUCGUAUGAGACUGUGGUGUAGAUAGUGAGCAUGUUUAAUGAAUAAGACUCUUUAUUAGAGACAAGCGGAGAUGGAUGAACUACAAGAAGAAAGGACAAUGCGAGGCCAUUCAAAAUAAAUAAACAGUCAAGGGCUGCCAGGGCUUGAAUAGGAUCUGAGAGCAGGGACAAUACUCUGCUAGUGUGUGCAGUCAGACACACUACUUUCACUAUUUAUCUUUUUACUCCUUUUCACCAAAUCUAGCUCACCUGCUCUGUCUAAUGGACUGAUUAAUGACUGUAUGCAUUUCAGUUUCCUUUUCUCUGCAGAUGUUUUUUUGACUGACAGGCUGUUAAUGAUCAGUUUACACAGCAUUGCCUCUGAUCAGAAUCACCACCUGCUCCCUCCCCUUGUUAUUUGUGUCUGAAUUUCUGUUUAAUGCCGGAGUAGAUAAAGUGCCAGUGCAUGUGUCAUUGUCACCCACCACUUCUCUGACCUGAUUCUCCUCGGCGCAGACAUCUGCAGUUGGCCGUGAGUCCUGUCGAUCAUGUCAAGUGGAAUGUUAUUUUUCAGCCAAAACAUUAUAAUCUUCACUUUGUGGGCUUGAGGAAGCUCACGCACAGCUUCCACAAGAUUACCAUCGCCCAACCGGAAAUGCACUGCCACAGAAAAACUGCAAUAUUCCAUUUUUAAACCUGUUAUAUCACAGCUGCAUUUCUUCAUACACUCCCAUGAGUCAUUAAAACAAAGAACAGAGUAGUGCAUGCAUUUAUAUAUAUGUAUAUAUAUACAUAUGUGUGUGUAUGUAUGUAUAUAUAUAUAUACAUACAUACAUACACACACAUACAUUUAUUCUGUAUUCAGUGACAUUGAUUUAGGAUCUAUUUAUGGUUUUUAUUCAGGUGCUGGCUGCAAAACCUGAAGUUGCACAUAAAUCACAGUGACAAUUCAGCUUUGCAAUUGAGUAAGACUCAGACUUUCCCUCCUGUUCAUAACCUCCUCUAGUCACAAUUAAAGUGGACACAACCAUCACAGUCUUUAGGCCCAUUUUGUCACCUCUUCUGCCCAAAGUUGAGUCCAUUUUAACAUCAUUACAUUACACCUUAAACUGCUGUCAUUUAACACACAGACCAUCCGUAGUGAAGGGAAUAGGCUCAUCUUUCUCCGUUUACUGUAAAAUAAGAAGAUGUAUAUUAAAUUGGACAAGAAAUGUUCUAAACUGCCGAGCAUCAUCAUUAGGUGUUUACUGUAUCAGCUGCGCUGUGCUGUUUGCUUGGGUCAAAGUGAGAUAAGAUGUGAUGUUUCUUUGGUCCUCAUGAAAAACAUCUCCAGGCUUAUCCUUUUAAUCCGCUCUUAGCAGCUUUUACCCCCAGAGCCUUAAUUCUCUCAUGAGGAUAUUGUAAGGGAUGGUAGUGACCAGCUCCAUCCAGAAGAGAGGAAAAAAGUUUGUAAAAAAACAGCAAUAUUCAAGGAUUAGCUUAUACAGCUCCACCACAAAGUAGAUAUGUAAGAAAAAAACAUAAAGAAAAACACACACACACACACUUCACAAUUUCCCCCUUAAGUCAGACUCCCAUGACAGAACAGCACAAUACCACAUGGUCUGGCUGAAUACAAUCGGCUGCAUUGACUGAAAUGCAGGUAAUCCAUCUUUCCUUGAUUUGCAGACAUGCACACAAAAGCCAUGUGCUGAUAGUAGCUCUAUGUGGUGUAAUGGUGCUGUCACCUGCUCCGAAAGCAUCCUCCUCCCUCCCUGCUCCCUCCUUCUCUCUCUUUCUCUCUCUCUCUCUCUACCCCCACCACAGAUGGAAACAGGUCCCCACAGAGGAUGCCAGCAUAUCAUUGGCUGGGCUAUCACAAGAGUGGAUGGAAGCAGGAGCGGGUGUGUGAGAGAGAGAGAAAGAGAGGGAGAGAAAGCUCCAGAGCACUACUCUGCCACAGCAUCCUGACAGAGUGCUGAGCUGACGGAUGAAAGAGGUGUGGACACAUGUCCUGUCUUUUCUUUUUUUCUUGUCUUGUAGAUCAGGUUCCUGGUCCACUUAUAAAUGGAAAACAGAGGUGAUAUAGAGCAUAACUUCUUCCACGCUGCUGCUGGAAGGAGCUCUCUGAGUAAGAGGAGCAGACAAUCAACAGCUGGGCUGAUGGAUCAGAAGCUGUCUGGAUCUCAUCGUCAUCAGGACCAGAUCCCUCCUUGCUGACUUUUGCCGGUGAUUGCUACUCUUAAUUUCUCACCUAAACCUUUUCAUUGCUGGAGUGAGUUAUUCCAGGCUUCCCCAGGCUGCUCUGCUGUCUUUGGGAGAGGCUUCGCUUGGAGACAGGUAGUUGAGUUUACUGUAAAUGUGUGUCCAAGUGACUGGACUGCCACCCCUUAAAAGUCUCCUCCUGCCCCUGUUGAGUGCCCCUGGAAGCCACCUGCUCCAAUUUUGGGAUGGUGUGACGCCAAGCCAGCGGUUGGCUGCCCCACAUCUGGGCCAAGAUGCCAGUGAUGAAGGGCCUCCUGGCCCCCCAGAACACCUUUCUGGACACCAUCGCUACACGCUUCGAUGGCACCCACAGUAAUUUCCUGCUGGGUAACGCCCAGGGCCACCGCGGCUACCCCAUCGUCUACUGCUCAGACGGCUUCUGUGAACUGACGGGCUUCACAAGGACGGAGGUGAUGCAGAAGAACUGUAGCUGCCACUUCCUGUACGGCGCAGACACCAGCGAGCAUGUGGCCCAGCUGAUGGAGAAGGCUCUGGAGGGCCGACAGGAGUACCAGACCGAGGUGCACUUCUACAAGAAGAACGGUACGGCCUUCUGGUGUCUGCUGGACAUCGUGCCCAUCAAGAACGAGAAGGGCGAAAUGGUCCUCUUCCUCUUCUCCUUCAAGGACAUCACAGACACGUAUGGAAAAGGCCACCACAACAGCAAGAGAGAAGUUUCAGACGACAAGAAGUGCCGGAGGAAGAGCAGCUCUCACUUCAGCCAGGCCAGGAAGCGAGGACGCACCAUGUUGUACCAUCUCACCCACCAGUUUUCGAGGGGAGGCAAAGGAGAGGUCAACCUGGGAGGCGGCAUGAUUGACAAACCCUCAAUACCAGAGUACAAGGUGGCAGCAGUGCAGAAGUCACGCUUCAUUCUGCUCCACUACAGUGUGUCCAAAGCCCUGUGGGACUGGCUCAUUCUGCUGGCGACCUUCUACGUGGCCGUCACCGUGCCGUACAAUGUCAGCUUCACGCCAUACGACGACACGGUCACAGCUGCGCGCUCCACCAUCGUGAGCGACAUAGUGGUGGAAAUGCUCUUCAUCAUAGACAUUAUCCUGAACUUCCGCACCACCUAUGUGAGCCAGUCAGGCCAGGUCAUGUAUGAUGCACGAUCCAUUUGCAUUCACUAUGCCACCACCUGGUUCUUCGUGGACCUGGUCGCUGCCCUGCCCUUUGACCUGCUGUAUGCCUUCAACAUCACAGUGACCUCCUUGGUCCACCUGCUGAAGACGGUGCGCCUGCUCCGCCUCCUUCGUCUGCUUCAGAAACUGGACCGCUACUCUCAGUACAGCGCCAUGGUGCUGACCUUGCUGAUGUCUGUGUUCGCCCUGCUGGCGCACUGGAUGGCCUGCAUCUGGUACAUGAUUGGACGCAAGGAGAUAGAGACCAGUGAGAGCUGGGACAUCGGGUGGCUCCAUGAGCUGGGCAAACGUCUGGAGACGCCCUACAUCAACAGCACGGUGGGCGGCCCGACGGUGCGCAGCUCCUACAUCGCUGCCCUCUACUUCACCCUCAGCAGUCUGACCAGUGUGGGCUUUGGCAACGUCUGUGCCAACACGGACGCUGAGAAGAUCUUCUCCAUCUGCACCAUGCUCAUUGGCGCUCUGAUGCACGCCCUUGUCUUUGGUAACGUGACGGCCAUCAUCCAGCGCAUGUACUCGCGCCGUUCCCUCUACCACACGCGUAUGAAGGACAUGAAGGACUUCAUCCGCGUGCAUCGUCUGCCCCAGCAGCUCAAACAGCGCAUGCUGGAGUACUUCCAGACAACAUGGUCUGUCAACAAUGGCAUAGACGCCAACGAGCUCCUGCACGACUUCCCUGACGAGCUGCGUGCAGACAUCGCCAUGCAUCUGAAUAAGGACAUUCUCCAGCUGCCCGUGUUUAAGGGGGCCAGCCGCGGCUGCCUGCGCUCACUCUCCCUACACAUAAAAACCUCCUUCUGCGUCCCUGGGGAGUACCUGAUCCGUCAGGGUGAUGCGCUGCAUGCCAGUUAUUUUGUCUGCUCUGGGUCUCUGGAGGUCCUGAAAGACAACAUGGUGCUGGCCAUACUAGGAAAAGGAGACCUGAUUGGCUCCGAUUUGCCUAAAAUGGAGCAGGUGAUCAAGACUAAUGCUGAUGUGAAGGUGUUGACCUACUGCGACCUGCAGUACAUCAGUGUGCGAGGCCUCAGAGAGGUGCUGGAACUUUACCCUGAAUACGCCAGCGUGUUCGCCUCGGACAUCCACAACAACCUCACAUAUAACCUGCGUGAGGGCAGCCAGGACGAGGGUCUCAACAGAUUUUCAAGGUCACCCAGACUCUCACAUGAGUCCAAGCUCCCCUCUAUUGUGGAAACCAAGGGCGACGACUUGGACGACUCCUUCCAUCUCUCUCCAGGCACGCGCUCCCGCCGUAACCUCCUGCUGCCAAACUUGAGCAGCCCUGUCCGCCGCACGUCCCUGGGGAACCUCCUGGGAGACGAGUUGCGGCAGUUCAACGCCUUGCGACGCUGCCGCUCCCCGAAUCUGAGCCGUGGCUUCCGUGGGCAAAGCUUAUCCCCUCUGCCAACAACGAAACGUGAGCACAGCGCCCCUGCGUCAGCCCCCAGCCUGGCUUCAGUCCGGCCAGAGCCGGACAGUGAGCAGAAGCCUUCAAAGCUGCUUAUACCAACUGUCACCUGCUACGGACCCCCAGACCUUAGUCCAAGGGUUGUAGACGGUAUCGAAGACAAUGGGCACACGUUCCAUUUCAACAUGGAGCACAGCGGGCGUAAGGCCAGCACGGGAGGCAGCGUCCAAGACUCCACGCAGCCAAAUGCCGCUCUGUUAAUAGAGACAGAGGAGGUCAGGCAGAGUAUCAGUCAGCUCAACCAGAAGAUGGGCUCCUUAAACCAGGAAGUAUCUGAGCUCACCAAGGGCCUACACCACAUGAUGCAUCUCCUUCAGACUUACAUGUCCGUGCAGCACUACAGUGUCCCCCUCCCCUCAUACCCAAACAGUGUACACAUGGUGGCAGGUCAUCUAACAGACCCCAACACUGGCAUGUCAUGCAAUCUAGCGUCAGCCUACCACUUCCACAAUGAACCUGGCAGCCAUGAAGGCCACAGCCACCAAAGUGUCUCACCCGCUGGCCACUGGAGCUGCAGUGGAGCAGCCGAAACAGAGAUUCACCAUCAUCGUCCACCCCUCUCCAUAAACCCUGCACCCAAGUUAGACUCAGGUCUUGGCUCUGAGAGCAUGACCCCACAUUUGUGGACCAGCUCAUCUCUUCUCAGCGUCAGCUCAGGCUUCCAGGGUGGAAGUCCAGGCCUUUUACCUGACGCUGAGCACAAAGACUCUGGCAACAGACCUCUCGGUUCUCACCCGCCUACCAUCAGCUUGUCCCAGCCCACUUUGUGCCUGCAGCCUCCAAGUGAUAGUAGUGAACAUUCUAGUCAUUUGUCCAGCGCCACUGUGAGUGCGUCCACACACAGCCUGCUGGUCCCAUCACAGAGCUCUAACCCUCAUCACUGCCUGCCUUCAGAGUCCCAUCUCAGCUUAUCACAAACCUCGCACGAGGACCUCUGCGGACAGAUGUCCACGCCAUCUUCUCUCAAUCUGCUCCAAGACGCGUCCGUCUUUCAAAUGGAGGACUCUUACCCUUCUAUCCACACUGUCUCUGCCUCUCUUCCCACACUGCCCAGCUACCCUCUUGGACCCUCACUGGAUUUGGGGUCACCACGAACAGAUGAGCCCCCUCUCCCUCUGCAUGACCAAACUCCCAUCAAACAUACGAGUUUGGAGUGCCUACUGGGGAACGGGGGAUCGAUGGAGAGCAGGGACAGUGAAAGUGUGUCAUCGCGGAGGUCCAGCAUCGGCGUCCAGACACAGAGCACAGAACAGUCGUGGUGUCUGGACCUCACAGAUUAAUCUGUGUUUCGGAGGCAGACUCGCGGAUUUCACUGCCACUGGAAAAAAAAAGCCGCGGAUGUUUCAAUGCAAAUUCGUACAGUGUUUAUAAAGACGGAGCUCGUCGGUGCGUGUCGUAUUUCCCUCUUCUAAUUCCUGGGCUCUAAUAUUUUGUCAAUAUUUACAUCAUUUCUAUGCAAAAGCAUGUCAUUUUUGUGCGUUAUCUUGGCUUUUUCUGAAGUGUGUCUUUAAUGAAAGAAGAAAAAACUCCACAAUGGUGGGUUGUAGAAAAUAUUGUAUUUUUUUUUUCCGACGUGGUCAGAGUCAUUUGCAGUUGAUAAUACCCGUUACCUCCUUGCAUGGUAAAGUUGUUUAUUCUUUUCCUAAGGAAAAUGUUUCCAAAAACAAUGUGCGAACAUCUUCAGUCUGUGAGAAGCUGUUGAUUGUGCACACAGAUACUGUAUUUAUAUAAGGCAAAUAGGUCCAAGCGCUUGGAUGAUUUCAUUUAAAAAGAAAAAGAAAAAGGUCACAUGCUUCAGUAGAGUGUGUGCAUCACAGCCUUGACUGUGUAUUGUUUCAAAUUGUAUGUUUCUCCUCAGUUUAUCACUUUUGUAUUUGCAAAUUCAUAAAUAUGGUUUAUGAAAAUCUGAUGUCCAAACCAAACAAAGCCGCACAUAGAUCAUCAUCAUUCCUUUGGAGAUAUACCAAGUUUUUCCCCCAUCACUGUAUGAAAUAUGAGGUUUAUUUGUUUUGUAGAGAAAAAUACCUUAAGACUGAUUUUCUUUCUUAAGGUUUUAUAGUCCUCUAGAGACGAUGUCGUCUCUACUGAAUGAAACAUAAUUAAAUAUGCACAUAUAGUGGGUCCAAUGAUAUAUUUAAGACUGUUAAUUUAAAAAAAAAAAAAAGAUAAAAUAGAUUAACUCAUGGUACUCGUAAAAUAUUCCGAGUAUCUCAGGAAUUAUUCUGAUUGACUGCUUGAUUGAUUGAUUCAUUCUGAUAUUUUGAUUAGUAUUCUCCUUGGCUGACAAAAUAAAAGCAUACAGACAAUCUCUGACUCUAUCCUUUACUGUUCAGUGCCACAAUAUCUGCAUUUCAUCCUAAAAAGAAAACAUUAAGUAACACGGGUAUCACAGUUUUUUUUACAGUUGAAAUUAAACUCACCUGG